AUGCCAUUUGCAACAGUUAGUCAGAAUAGAGGAACACCAGUUAAUAUAAACUAUGAGAUUCAUGGUACUGGAGAAGAGAAGAUUCUGUUUAUUAUGGGAUUCCUUACAACAUUAGAUGGAUGGAAACUACAAACAGAAUACUUGAAUAAGAAUCAUUCUUCAAAGUAUACGUUUUGUGUAUUUGAUAAUAGAGGUAUUGGUCAAAGUGACUCACCUUCAUUCAAUUAUACUUCAAGCGAUAUGGCAACCGAUGCCAAAGAAUUGAUCGAUCAUUUGAAAUGGGACAAAGUACAUCUUGUAGGUGUGUCAAUGGGUGGUAUGAUUGCCCUUGAAUUUGCAUCUCUAUUUCCACAACGUCUACAAUCACUCAGUCUUUGUGUUACUCAUGCUGGUGGUUUUGGUAGAGUUACUCCUCUUUAUGGAAUGGCAAAAAUGUUAAGAUCAUUUGCAUUGACUGAUCAUCCAACUAGAGGUAGAUAUAUUAUGCCAAUAUUGUAUUCGGAAGAGUAUUUGGAAAAGACGACAUUGGACGGUACCAACAAAAAUAUUGAAUUCCUUGUCAACGACUAUGUUGAAAAGGUUGGUAAGAGCAAAGUACCUACAUUGGCAGCUGUAGUCGGACACAUUCGAACAGUCUAUACACAUCAUCUCACAGACCGUCGUUUGGCGGCCAUCAAAGCAUCUGGAUUCCCCAUUCUUAUCAUGUGUGGUGAUAUCGAUUAUAUGGUUAGAACAAGUAACUCUUUCCUCCUCCGUGACCAUUUGGCACCCGCCGAAUUCCUUCAAUUCAAAAGUGGUCAUUGUAUAAAUGUAGAAUAUGAAAUUGAAUUUAAUGAGGCUUUGGUUAGAAAUUUUAAUAGAGGUAGUGGUAGUAGUAGUGAUAGUAGUGAUAGUAGUAGUGGUUUAUCCAAUGACCAAAUAUCACCCGAUACAACAACUAAACAAUAA